CGCCAGUUUCACUUUUGCAAGAUCGGAGUGUUUUUGCUACCGAGGAGUCGCGUGCGGCCGGGGGGAAUCACCGCUCGUGCUUAAAGCGGAAGUGCUCAGCGCUGGAGUGUGUCCGCUGACAGACAGCAGAGGGAGAGAGAGCAAGAGAGAGAGAAAGAGAAAUGGCGCCUCAGUACUCCACUCACUGAGACAGUGUAACAAGCGGAUAGACAUAACUGACAAGAGCCGCGACGUGGAAAAAUCAUGGUGAACACCCGAAAAAGCUCCCAGCACGAGAGCUGCGGCCUCUUCAUCUCGUCCAGGACAAGAUCUUCCGCCAAGAACAACCCCAGCUCAGACGAACAGCACCAUAAGGACCCAGGAAGUGAUGUCAGCUCCAGCAGCGCCCGGCUGUCGCCCCCCUCGAAACGCACCCGCCGGCACACCACGCCCAGCUCCAGCGACACCUCGCCCAGCCCUCAGGUCAAAGGUCAAAGGGUCACGUGGAAUAUCCCCGCACACCACACCAGGUUAUCCACUGAGGCCCUGCAGAAUGGACACGGAAGCCUCUCUCGUAAGGGCCAGCGGAAGGAGGACGCCGGAGAUGGAGAGCACGCCCGGAUGAACGGGCACGUCGAGCUGAAGCGAAGCUGCCGUUCCAGAAAGAGCCGGUUCGAGCACCUCAACCAGAGCCGGCUGUUUGACCAGCUAGUGAACAGUACGGCAGAGGCGGUCCUGCAGGAGAUGGAUAACAUCAGCAGCAUCCGACAGAACCGGGAGGUGGAGCGUCUGCGCAUGUGGACCGACACCGAGCUCGAGAACAUGGACAUGUACUCGCGGGUGAAGAGGAGGCGGAAGUCUCUGAGGCGGAACGCGUACGGCAUGCAGACGCACCACAAGGUGAUGAGCAAAGGAGAGGGCGAGGAAGAGGAGGGCACCGAAGAGUCUCAUGAGGAGGAGGAAGAGGAUGAUGACGAUGAAGUGGAGGAUGAUGAAGACGAUGAAGACGAAGGAGACGAGGCGGAGGAAGUGGGGGAGGAGAACGACCGGCCGUACAACCUGCGGCAGCGCAAGACUGUGCAGCGAUACGAAGCUCCGCCCAUAGAGCCUGUGAGCAGGAAGCAGAGCAAGAACUCGCUGUUUGACACACACCGGUCCCCUGCCCGGAGGAGCCACAUCAGGGUAAAGAAGCACGCCAUCCACAGCAGCGACACGACGUCUUCCUCUGACGAGGAGCGGUUUGAGCGAAGGAAAAGCAAGAGCAUGACCCGCGCGCGAAACCGGUGCUUACCCAUGAACCUGCGGCCGGAGGACCUGGCGAGUGGGGUGCUGCGGGACCGUGUGAAAGUGGGGGCCAGUUUGGCAGACGUGGACCCCAUGAACCUGGACACCUCUGUGCGGUUCGACAGCGUUGGGGGGCUGGGUACACACAUCCAGGCCCUGAAGGAGAUGGUGGUCUUUCCCCUCCUGUACCCUGAAGUCUUUGAGAAGUUUAAAAUACAGCCACCAAGAGGCUGCCUGUUCUACGGCCCCCCCGGCACAGGGAAGACGCUGGUUGCGCGAGCGCUGGCUAACGAGUGCAGCCAAGGCGACCGCAAGGUGUCCUUCUUCAUGCGGAAGGGCGCCGACUGUCUCAGCAAGUGGGUCGGCGAAUCGGAGCGGCAGCUCCGCCUCCUCUUCGAUCAGGCGUACCUGAUGAGGCCGUCCAUCAUCUUCUUCGAUGAGAUUGACGGCCUGGCGCCCGUUCGGUCCAGCAGGCAGGAUCAGAUUCACAGCUCUAUAGUCUCCACGCUGCUGGCUCUGAUGGACGGGCUGGACAGCAGGGGGGAGAUCGUGGUCAUCGGUGCUACAAACAGAAUCGACUCGAUCGACCCCGCCCUCAGGAGGCCCGGCCGAUUCGACAGGGAGUUUCUCUUCAACCUGCCGGACAAGAAGGCCAGAAAGCACAUUCUGCAGAUCCACACGCGCGAGUGGAACCCCCGCCUGGCCGAGCCCUUUUUGGGGGAGCUGGCGGAGAAAUGCGUCGGUUACUGCGGCGCCGAUAUCAAAGCACUUUGCACGGAGGCGGCGCUGGUGGCGCUGCGGCGGCGCUACCCGCAGAUCUACGGAAGCAGCCGGAAGCUGCGUCUGGACGUGGAGUCCAUCGUGCUGCGGCCGCAGGACUUCCAGCACGCCAUGCGGCGCGUGCUGCCCGCCUCGCAGCGCGCCCUGCUGCCCCCCGGCCACGCCCUGGCGCCCCAGGUGCGCCCCCUGCUGGAGCGCAUGCUGGCGCAGGUGCAGGUCCGCCUGCUCAGAGUCUUCCCCCACGCAGAGCUCUCGCACGCCGACGCCAGGGACGAUGGAGACAAUCAGCUUUUGGAGGACUUGCUGUACAGUGACGAUGAGGAUAGCUCCGCCCCCUCCAUCUACGAUCACAUCCAAUCAGGGUCCCCCAAGAAACACGCCACCGACACUGCAAGCAAGCCCUUCCUGCAUUUCACACUCUCGGCGUGCCGGCAGCCCUCCUCGUUCCGGCCGCGGCUGCUGUUGGCGGGCGAGCCGGGCUCGGGGCAGAGCUCUCACCUGGCCCCCGCCGUGCUGCACCACCUGGAGAAGUUCUGUGUGCACCGCCUGGACCUGCCCACCCUCUGCUCCACCUGCACCAGGACCCCCGAGGAGUCCUGCGCACAGGUGUUCCGGGAGGCCCGGCGGACCGUGCCCAGCGUGGUGUACCUGCCGCACAUCAGCGAGUGGUGGGAGGCGGUCAGCGACACGCUCAGGAGCACCUUCCUCACCUUACUGCAGGACCUGCCCUCCUUCACCCCCAUCCUCAUCCUCGCCACCUCCGAGACCCCCUACCUGCAGCUGCCCGAGGAGGUGAGAGGGAUCUUCAGGAGCAGGUAUGAGGAGGUGGUGAACCUGCAGAGACCGGAUGAGGAGGACCGGCGCAGGUUCUUCAGAGAGCUCCUCCUGGUGGAGGUGGCCAGGGCUCCGCCCACCCGCAGCAGAACAGCGCGGCGGGCGCUCCUGGAGGUGCUGGCCCCGGCGGAGGACCCCGGCCCGCGGCGGCUCUCCUCGGAGGAGCGGCGGCGCCUGGAGGAGCAGGAGGAGAACACGCUGAGGGAGCUCCGCCUCUUUCUCAGGGACGUCACCAAGCGCCUCGCCACCGACAAGCGCUUCAGCAUCUUCAGCAAGCCCGUGGACAUCGAGGAGGUGUCUGAUUACCUGGAGGUCAUUAGGCAGCCCAUGGACUUGUCCACCAUGAUGACCAAAAUCGACACUCACAAGUAUCUUACUGUGAAGGACUUCCUCUCCGAUAUCGACCUCAUCUGCAGCAACGCCCUGGAGUACAACCCUGACAAAGACCCUGGAGAUAAGAUCAUCCGGCACCGCGCGUGCAGUCUGAAGGACACGGCCCACGCCAUGUUCGCCUCCGAGAUGGACGUGGAGUUCAGCCGCAUGUGCGAGGACAUCAAGGAGGCCCGGAGGAAGAGAGGUGUGGAGGCGGAGCCUCAGCAGGACCCUCCCCCGCGUGCGCCAGCCCCCAGGAAAGUGGCGGGAGAGGAGGCUGCUGGGAAUGUCCAGGGGGAGGGGCCAGAGACCUCUCCCAGCAAGUGCACCAAUCACAUCAAGCGGAAGGCGCGGCGGCGGCCGUCCUGGGGGCGGGGCAUCAUCCGCAAGAAGAAGACCUACCUGAAGAAGGAGGAGGCGGAGGGGGAGGAGCUGGACGAGGGGGCGGCGGCCGAGGACGCGGCGGGCCCCAGCGACACCGCGCUGACUCAGGACGAGGACUCGUCGUGCGACGCCAUGGACCCGCCCCCCGCCCAGAACGGGCCUGAGGCCAACGGCCACACCCUCUCCACCGAGGAGGAGAGCUCCAACGAGCCCCCCGGCCCCGCCCCCGCCUCUGCCCCGCCCAAGCAGGAAGCCCCGCCCUCAAACCCCCAGCCGCAGGACUGCAUGAACGGAGACGAAUCCCUGGACAGCCUGGACAGCGAGGCCAACCGAAAGGGGGACGGAGGGGAGGAGCCGGGCCCCGCCCCCGCCAGCCAGGAGGGCGGAGCCUCAGAGGGGGGUGACGGGGAGGAGCGUCCGGGGGAGUCGAGCGAGGGGGACCCCGAUAAAGAAGGUGUGUCCAGAGUGAAGAGGUGCAGGAAGACUCCUCCUGAGCAGGCCAAGGCAAUGACGGCUGUGGAGGAGAGGCCCGAGGACUCGCCGCCGCCCCCUCUGGUGGUGGAUCACGAGCGGUUACAGGGCCUCCUGGAGCUGGUGGUGGUGAAGACUGCACUCUACACUGUAGACCAGCUGGAGAGACUGUUCUCCAUCCUCAGCCAGUGCAUCUACCAGCAUCGCAGAGACUACGACAAGACCCGCAUGACCGAGGAAAUGGAGCGUACGGUGCGAAAUUUGGAUACAUUCCCAUGAGGAGAGCGAGCCGCUCAGGUUGAUCCUGAUAAGAGACUCUCACAGUUCAGAAGGGAGCUCAGUCCUGCCAGCCAUACCCACCCCCCCCCCCCCCCCCCCCCCCCCCUCCCCAGCCCUCAGCAGGUGUGAAGUCUCGGGUCUUACUGAAAAAGAGAAAAACAACCAGACUUUAUAAUGGUGAUUUUUGGUGCUAUUUUCUCAGGUACCUGGACAGAACCUGUCUACAGAACCAAACACAAUACUAAUGUUAGGUUUAUUUUUUUGUCAUUGAAAUACACAUGCUAAUGCUGUCUGAUGUUCCUGGUGCUAACAUAUCCAUUUGCUGCUCUUGGUUUCCUUCUGAAAAUUGAAAAUCUGCUGGUCACACACACACACACACAGAUACAGAUACAUGCACACACACACACACACACACACAGAUACAUACACACACACACACACACACAGAUACACACACACACACACACACAGUGACGCAGCAGUGUGAGUGCAGUGUUUCUGGAGGGAGGGGCGUUAUGAUGUCAGCAUUGUCCAAGCAAACUGUGUGACGGCUUUUUCUCCACCUCUGGAGCUGAAAUGGGAGGCCAGUCUCACCUUUCCACCUGGAGAACUGCCUUUAACUUUCACUCAAGGACUCCAAACUCCUUUGCCAAAAUAAAAUAGUUUUGAAAGAUCUGUUGAGAGAUAAAUUUGGACCUCCUUUUGUUUCUUGAGAUGCUAUGGUUCUCUUUGAUAGUACUGAUGCUCUUUGGUUUUUUCCCACUUCUAAAACGAGCACAGAUUUGAGUCUCUGAUUAGUGGAAAAAACCUAAAAUGGCUGCCAGCGAUGUGAUGCAAACCAAAUAAGAACUGGCUCCUGACCUCUGAACCCUGAGGAAAAAACCGGUGACAGUUUGCGUUCUCGGUCGUGACAUAUUUGACGUGUACAGUGACUGAAAUGUUUAGUAACUACAGUCUGUUUGUAUUCAGUGUGAUUUUUUUUUUGUUUUUUUGUUUUUUGAGGAAAAUGUUUUUUCCCUUUUCAGUACAACAUAAGUUUGUGCUCUCUAGUUUCUCAAAACCCAUAAUAUCUGAAGUAACUGGAGACACGGUGGAAAUGGAGAGCCUCUGUCCAUCACUGUCUGGCCUGUGCCUUACUUUAGCCCCAGAAUCGGGGGCGCCUCUCUCUCCCUGGGGCACACACAGGUGCUCAGGGUCCCUCUGUCCGCAUACGGGACGGGGCGCUUGAGGGACUCCUGCCGUAAAACAUCCAGAGCCUGGCCAUUUUAACUGGAAGGUAGAGAAGAGGUUUUUUUCGACUAAAACCAGUCUUAUCCGCUGGUGUGGGUGCUGCCGCCCAGCGCUGAGGCACCCGAUUCCGCUCGUUCACUAAAAUCACGGUCGCGGUCAAGACCUCGAGGAGUAGAAUCGGGUGUCUUGGUGUUGGGCUAAAACAAAAAACCCCUGCACACACACACACACACACACACACCGGCCCUCUUUGGAUCAGACGGGUCGCCUCUGGACCAGAACGACGCUAGCGUCAUUUUCAUCUGCAUGGGACAGGCCCGCCGCUCGACUCCUCCGGGCCGGGCGCGCUUCUGUCGUGCCAAUUUCCCUCUCGCUGUAAAUCUGCGCUGUCCUCGACUAAAUGAGAUUUCAUACGGGAAAAAAAAUCAUCAAAGUUAUAUAUAUACACACACACACACACACACACGCGCGCUUACAUGCGAGAAAUUGAGUUUAUAUUAUGCGGUAAAUUUGCUUUCUCAUUGUGACAUUUCCGGACAUUAUUUCUAUGGUUAUGCGCAAAUUGUUUCACGAUUUCUUAUAAAUCUGAAGAACAAGGCAGUGCGAAUUGUCAAAUGUAUAGAGCAUUAUAUUGUUUCUAGAUUGUUGGAUUUUUUUUGUUCUUUUUUUAUAUGUAUUAUUCGGUGAUGUUUUUUUUUUUUUCGCUGCAUUUCAGUCCAAGGCAGAGUGUCGUAUUUUUCUUUUUUUGGCUCAAGGUGCUGCUGGACGUGUGUGGGUGGUUAUAUUUUUAUUCACCAAAAAAAAAAAAAAAAAAAAAAGGCGAAUAGUGUUUUGGUGUAUGAACGCUAGUACGUGCUGGCGGUGAACUUUUCUUGCAAUUUCAGACCUGAGUGUGAAGUGUGCACUCAGUUUUAUCCGCUGUUUGUCUGUACAAACGCGGAUCGGAACACUGGGGGGACGCAAAGAUUUAGGGCAAAGAAAUCUUUGGACGCGGAUUUCAGCUAAGCUUUUUUUUCAAAGAAAUACACACAAAAAAAACACACGGUAUGCAAAAAAAAAAUUAAUAAAUAAAAAUUAAAAAAAACAAACAGCAUCUGGGCAGAUGGUACAGAGCUGGACUGCUGCAGAGAGACUGACGCCGCUACCUCAGCUUAUCUUCAGUUUACCUGAGUGCAGAGACCAGCUUUACCGCGUCCCAGCAGUAUUUGGUGCUGCGGUGUUUCGCUGCGAACGCAGGCGGACAAGCGGAGGUGUGUGCGAGGGCGAUUUCACGCGUGAGCUGAACUCUGUGGCCACUGCAGUCAAGCCAACGGGUCUUUCUUUUAUUUUUUUUGUUGUAUUUUAUUUUUCUUUUUUUUUCUGUAUUUGAGCCAAUAAGACGUUAGCAGCUCAUUAUUAGUGAGAUGACAUUUACUUGUGCGUUUUGCAGCUUUUCAGAUCGAAGUCUUACGUUCGAACGUUUCCUCCCUUGUUAUGUCACCAUGCCGCCAUUUUGUCUGAUCACGUGCUCCUUCUGUUUCCUGUCGUGCUCAAGACUACGCUGUUGGCAAAGUCUGGAUGCUUUUUUUGGUUCUUUUUUUCUUUUCUUAUUAUUUAUUAACAUUAUUAAACAUGGUGUUUUUACAGUCUAAUAUCCAUUUAAAAAGUCUUUUUGUACUUAAAAGAAAGAAAUGAAAAAAAAAAGGAAAUUGGAAAAUUGUUACUCAAGUUUUGGAUUUUGUGCUGAAUGCAAUGUAGCAUAAUUGUGUAGCAGGUUUGUGUGGAAAUGGGGUUUUUACUGGCUCAGGUUCUUGCUGCAUUAAUUAUCUUUCAACUUUUAUAUUUAUUCUGCAUUGAUUUUGGUUUUUUAUAUAUAUAAGUGGAAUAGGACUGUGACAUACUGGAUGGGGUCUGAGCAUGUAGGUGAAGCAAGUUUCCUUUUUGUUGUUGUUUUUUGUAUUUUUUAAAAUUUUGUUUCCCAAACAGCAGAUUUUGCGAGUAACUCUGUAAAUGUUCGGUGUUUUAACUGCUGCUGUGAUCCUGACCACUGACCUAGUCUUGGCGAGCUGGUGACAUCACACACAAAACCCAGCCCCCCUGCCCCCCCCCCCCACCCCCAGGCCGUUGCCAUGACGUUACAGGAGGAGAGUAGAUUUAACUCUUGAAACUGCUUAGAAUCCUCCUGUACUGUAAUUAGUUUUGUGAUGUGAUUUAUAAUUAUGAGCAUCUUUUUUUCUUUCUUUCCUUUUCCUCUGUUCCCUUACCGUUCAUGUUUAAGGUGUUGAUAUAUUCUGACCUCUAGAGAGAGAGAGAGAGAGAGUGAGAGAAGAGACCCUUUAAUCAAUUUCUUGAUGUCACAGAUUAGGAGGAGGGGGGGGGUGUGUUUGGUGCCCCUGAAUCAAGCGUUCUGUGUUCCAGAACAUACCUUAUGACAUUUCUUUCCUUCCUGUCUGUCUUUUUUUUCCCUCGUUCUAUCACUCCAGUUUUUUUUUCUUCUUCCCUCGUUCCGAGUCAGCAGGUGGGAUAGCACACGGGGUUCAGGGGAUUAGUGAACGGGGUUCGGGGGAUUAGUGCCAGUCUUCUUGACAUUGGUUGUGAGAAACGGAUCCUGAUACGAUCCCCCUCCGCUGGGGGGGGGGGGUGGUUGGGACCGCUCCGUAUUCGGGUGUGUCCCCCCUGCUCUGGAGACGCCAUCUUGUCCUGGCUGGCAUCCCAAAAGCUUUUUUUU